CCGACACGGCUACAGCUACACUGCAUCCAGACGAAGAAUGUCGACCAGUUUUAUUUAAUGUUAGGAAAGUUUAAAUGUGUGGGUAGCUGUCUUUAAUACAGUGUGAUAGCUGGAAAGGAAAAGAAGCUAGCACCACUCGGCCAGGCAACUCUGCAGGUGGUCUGCGGCUCACUGUGGUGGUCCAUAUACCACAGUUAGGGAGUCUCUGGUUUGGAGCCAGGAUGAGAUAAUUUAAGGGGAGAGUGCUGGCCUGGUGGAUUUAGCUGGCUGGAUAUCUUCCUCCCACUUCUUUCCCCCCCAAUCUCCCUUUCCUAUGGCUUAUAAAUUGACUAUAAAAUGUCCUUGAUUUGGUUGCAAUGUUUUAUUUCUCAAGUCGCUCCCCUGCUUCUUCCCCUUGGUAAGUCACACAUGCACCCUCCCGCCUUUCCUGUUCUCUCCCUGGAGGUAUCUGCAGCUGCUGUCCCAGACUAGGAUUUAUAGUCCUCUGGGAUGAUCUCUGGACCAAGCUUCUAGCUAGCAGCUGCUGGCUAGGGCAGGGGAGGAGCGAGUUGAGUGGAGAGGAGGGAGGCGUGUGGUGCAGCAGGCUGGAGUGUGACUGGCAAGUCCGGGCGGGGGUAGCGAGGGUCUUGCUGGCUCAGAGCACUGCACUGAGAGCUGCUCUCUAGAUGACAUGCUGCUGUGAAAGAACAUCCUCCUGCUGCAGCAUGAGUGCCUGGGCUCAGGGGAGGAUACUGCAGGAUCUCACUGCACUGGAAUGUGAUCAACCAGCAACUAACACGGCUACCACUGAAACCUGUCCAUGAAUGAACCAUCAAGAAUUAAAAUCACUGGGUGAAGGUAAUUAAUGCAAAUCCUUAGACAUGGAAACAUGUCCCCAGAAGUACCACCCCCAGAGGAAAUCCCAUAUCUUGGGUUUGCCCAGGUUCAAGAGGCCCAGCAAACAAAGAACUGAGAAUUGUAUAAAGUGAUAAACCUGGUAAGGGGUCAUUCUCACCUGAUCCAAGAACUGAAAUGACAACAUGGCCAAGAGGGUUGAGAUCCUGCUGAAGGGGUUUGAAGGACUUUGAAACUCACGAGGAACUCCAUGUGGAAAGUGGGUGACACCUGGUAAAACAGGAUGCACAAAUCUUCCUUGGUAUGUUCAGCUCUAAGUCUUUUCUCUGCAUAAGAAAUUAAACUUGUCUGCUGAAAAACCUUGUAAAACUUGAAUGGGUUAAAAUUCCAGCUACUUCAGAAUCCACGUCUGGGUGAUUUUACAAUGGAUGGAAGAGCAGACUCGUUAGUGAUGACUGUGCAUCUUCUUGCCACCUCUGGGCAUUCAUUACUCCUGCAGCAAACUCUUGAUCGGCUUCUGGGGUGGAUCUGUCUGGAUGUUCGCCUCUUCCUUGUAUCCGAACGUGUUACUCCAGUGAAGUAUUAUGAGAAAUAUCACCGGAAAAGCUCUGGAUUUCCUGGGAUGUCCAUUCUCCUUUUCCUGCAUGAGGACUUUGGGGAAGAACGGAUUUUUCGGGUCCAUGAUUUUUUCCAGCACCCUCCAUGGCAGGAUCACCACAUGCAACAUGCUAAUGGGAAACAGUACCCUUAUGCACCUGCUGGCCAGGAAUUUUAUGGUCUGGAUGAGCAUAUGCCUGUAUGGGGUGUACGGCAAGUUCAUUAUGGCACUGAAAUUCUGCGCGUGACUCUCUACUGUAGCUUUGAUAACUAUGAUGAUGCAGUCAGACUUUACGAGAUGAUCCUACAAAAAGAAGCAACUAUGCAGAAGAGUAACUUCUGUGUCUUUGUGCUGUAUGCAACACAAACCGUUGCUGUUCAGCUCUGCUUGAAGCAGCUGCCCCCGGGGGUCUCUGUUGAACUGAAAGAAUCUUCCGUGUUGCAAUUCAAGGUCCAUGAAAUUGGGCAGCUGGUACCUCUUCUGCCUAAUCCAUGUAUUCCUAUCAGUAGCACCCGAUGGCAAACUCAGGACUACGAAGGAAACAAAAUCUUGCUUCAGGUUCAAGGCAACUCAAAACACAAUGAAAAAAAUGACGGGCUUUCUAAUCAGCACAAUAAUGCAAGUGAAGAAAAGAUCCUACAGAAUUCCACGCUAGCCCCCUUUCCCACAAAGUGGGUUAAUCCAGAACAGAAAAGCCGGAAGAUCAGAAUGAUGAAGUGUAAAAUCAAAUCAGAAGACAGAAUUAUUUCUGGGAGCGUUAGCAGCACCCCACAGAGUAACUCCUGCUCUUCAUCCCAGGCCAGCAGUCCAGCAGCUACUUCACGGUCUGAUACCACCUCUUUCAAUGUAAGUGCAGGAACUAAACUGAACAUCUCCAGCCAAGAAAUCCAUUUUCAAAGGCAAGAAGCAGAGACCAAUGUUGACACAGGAUUCACGGUAGUAAAUUCUGAAUGCAAUCCAUCUCCACUUAGCAGGUUUUCAAGGGACUUGCAGGACAGUCUUCCUCAGCCACAAGCACCAAACUAUUCAUUAGCUGCUGCUGGCUCCAGAAUCAACUUGCCUUCUGAGGAUAGAAUCCAUCUGUCAUUAUCUGCUGUCAAAAGAAAUAAAGGAGCAGGACAGACAGCUUCAAACUUUCAUUUGCGAAUAUCAAGAGCAAACCAUGGAAAUGGAAAUGAAGAGGAGGAGGAAUUCUUUAUUUGACUUGAAACAAAUGUGCCUGACAAACUGACUUUAAAACUGAUAGAUAAAUGCUUUAUUCUGGAAACAGAGAGAAAGCAAUCUGCAUGCUUUUAACUCUGUGUUUAUACAGACACCAAGAUGCCUAGGCUACCUGUUCUGUUAUGAAAAAAGACUUCAGUGGGGUUUUAUUGCAAUAGAGUCACUUUAUGUACAAAAAUGCUAAUGGGACAGAGGGCAAAACCAGAAAAAAAAAAUCAUGUGCAGUUA